AUGAGGUUCACCAUCUUCACCACUGGCCUCGUCCUCGACUCCGACCUCGUGGCCUUUGCCCGCCUCCGCGGCUUCGUUGAGAAGUUCAUCGUCGACGGCGACGACUUCUCCCUGGCUGCCCUCAACUUCCUCACCGCCGAGGCCCUCAAGGACGUUGAGUCCGGCAACGAUGCCGCCGACGCCGGUGCCCUCGACAAGCGCGCUUUCGCUCCCAUCGGCCAGCAGUUCCAGCAGUUCAACAGGGGCAUCGGAUUUCACCUAGCCAAAGAGAAUGCUAGUCCCAUCCCCGUUGUUUCCAUCGAUGGCCGCUCAGGGAGCCUACCAGCCCCGGGUACGGCCUCAUCACCAGGUCCUGUAGGAGACCAGCGAGACGAGGAAAUCAAGAGAGCUUUCGAUGUCUACGCCACUCCCUUUGUGCCCGAGUCUCUCAAGGUGAUCAACCGUUACCCGGGCAUUGAAAUCUCCACGCUAGCCCGAAGGUCACUUGACUGGACCCAGUGCUCUUCUAUUUCCUUUGCUUCCGGUCUGCACCUAGCCCUCACCCACUCUCCCCUCCCCGCGACGCCGGACCUGCAACGCUUUCAAAUUCCCCCAGCCGACCUUGAUCUGGAGGGCUACGAGCACUUCUUUGGCUACCACUUGGCCGAAGAACUGGGAUCCCAGAGGAAGGCGGCUGCCGUGUAUUCUCUGUAUAGCCAAAGGACGGUGGUACGCUUUGCAGAAACCGAAGGAGCGGCCACCUGUACGCUGACGGUGCCUGGUCUGAAGGAGUAUGCGCCUUACCUUGAGGAGGAUGACGUGGUCCAGCUGCGCCAGCUUACGCACGACAAACCGCUCGUGCAUGGAAGAGCAUAUAUGAUCACAGGGUGGACAGGCGUGAUUUACCACGCUCGAGUGACGGCGGUCAGGAGAGCCGAAGAAACCGUGACACUCUUGGUUGCGGAACUUGCCCGAUCAUUUCUCGGCAACGGCAGUGCCUGGAAGUACGAGGAUAUGGGUCUCGCUCUGCACAUCUUGCAGGAUGUGCUAGCGCUGAAUACUCGAGGCGUUGAAGAUCUUUCUACGUCUGAUAUCCUCACCUACGACAGCGAAUGGCUUCGUGCCGUGCUCUUCCCCGUGGAGGCAGACGGGAAACUCCAAACCAAGCUCCACAGGGGCAAGUUUCGCCAGAAAUUCGUAGACCAGGGGCUAAACUGGGAGCAGAAGAAGGCCGUCCAGGCCAUCUGCGAGCGCAAUCACGGCGCGAUGCCGUACCUGGUAUCCGGUCCGCCGGGGACGGGGAAAACCAAAACCGUCAUCGAAACAGCCCUGCAGCUCAUAAAGCAAGGGGGCGAAGAUGCGCAUAUACUGCUUUGCGCCCCGUCCGAAACCGCGGCCGAUACCUUGGCCAUUCGACUGAGGGACUACUUUCGCCCGGGAGAGCUCUUUCGGCUGAACCGGCCUACGCGAACGUUUGCCGAGGUACCGGGCUCGAUUCUUCAUUUUUGCUAUACUUUGGAUACUGGGUUUGCCUUGCCGCCGCUCGAUGAGUUGUUGAAGUGCAGGGUGGUGGUGACAAGCUGUCAGGACGCGGCACUCCUAGUGAGGGCGAGGGUAACGAACAUGGAUAUAUACAGAAUGAAGCGAGAUUUGAGCAGCCUACUCGGCCAAGGCAACGAUGGAGGGCCAAAGCGGCUCCACUGGACUGCGCUCCUCAUAGACGAGGCUGCGCAAGCCAUGGAGCCCGAGGUCCUGAUUCCGCUCGCCGUCAUCGCGCCCCCGUUGACCGCGGCGCCUCCACCCAUCUUCGCCAUGGUGGGCGACCAGUACCAGCUCAGCCCGCGCGUGUCGCUGCCAUUUUCGCCACUCAAGCGGUCGCUCUUUGCGCGGCUCUUUGACAGGCUCGUGUACAAGAACCAUCCACUCGCUCGAGGCGCCAAGGGCGAGGCGCCGCCGGUGCUGAAGCCGUCCAUGCUCCCAAUCUCCGCGCCGCCGUUCACCAACCUUUUCCGAAACUACAGAUCUCACCCGGCCAUCUUGGCGGUGCCGUCCGCCCUCUUCUACCACGAUACUCUGGAGCCCGAGGCACCGGGACGGAGGGGGUGGUACAACAUGCGCGAGAUUGAUAUCGCGCUGAGCUAUGUUUCUUCGCUCGUCACCUCGGACUCCGUGGCCCGAAGGAAUAUCUGCGUCAUGAGUCCGUUCAAGGCGCAGGUCAUGCGGCUGCGCCGGGAGUUUCGGCGCGUGAAGGAGGGGUUGCGGGACGGAGAGGUUCUUGAAAAGGACCAGGAGGUGGGAUGGGGUAUCAUUGGGGAGGCGCAGGCCAACGCGAUGAAUGUGGCGCUUACGAGGGCAAAGUACGGCCUCAUCGUGAUUGGGAAAGGGGAGAUCCUGGCGACGGACCCGAACUGGCAAGGGUUCUUAAACUUUUGUGACCGGAAUGGGCUCGUCGCCGGCGCGGGGAAGCAGACGAUAGCGGUAGCGCAGCUGGGCCGCAACCCGCAGUGCAAGAGCUAG